GGACGGUCCACGAUAGUUGGCCAAUUUUACAAAAUUUUGAACCAGUUUUCUCAGUGGCGACACACCAACAAUUCGCGCUUGCCGUUGUUUUUUUUUUCUCAUCAUGCCGAAAACCAAGAACGAGAAAUAUUACAGGGUUGCUUCAAAUCAUCAAGAACGGCAGCGUAACUGGGAUUUGAUGAAACCCACAUCAUGGGGUCAAUGGAAUGGCAAUCAUCGAAGACUGCAAAAUACAGAAAGCCCUUGUAUUUCGACGUGUACAACAGCCACAAACUUGUCCUCCCUUGGAGAAUUUCAGUCCAAUUCGACCAUGAGCUCCCAGCGAAAAAUGAAGGAUAAUAAUCUACGGAUGGUUGUCCAUGAGAUAGAGCCUCUCCAAAAGAAAGAAGCAGAUGAGAAAUUGGAAGAGCCAUGUGUUCCGCCAAAAACGAAUUUUGUCAGGAUCAGAUCACAGUUGUUUGCUACAUUAGCUGUGUCAUGGGUAUCUUUGAUCAUUGGAUAUUCCACGGCGUACACAUCUCCUGCACAAGCAUCCUUAGAACUUGACUUCGGAUUCACCUCCUUGGAGAUAUCAUGGAUCUCCAGCUUCAUGCCUCUCGGAGCCUUAGCUGGGGGCCUAGGCGGAGGCACAUUGAUAGAAAACUUCGGAAGAAAAUGGACCAUUCUCCUAACAAAUAUCCUAUUCCUGAUAUCUUGGCUAACCAUCUCUUUCGCACAGACCUACAUGUACCUUUACGUAGGGAGGAUAAUAACCGGUAUAGCUGUAGGCAUAGGUUCCCUCUCAAUGCCUGUAUACACUGCCGAAACUAUCCAGCCUGAAGUAAGGGGAUCUCUGGGUCUGUUUCCAACAGCGCUAGGCAACGUUGGAAUCUUAAUUUGCUUCCUUUCUGGAACCUUCUUUCAGUGGAGAGCACUAGGGGUAGUCGGAGGAAUUUUGUCAAUACCAUUCUUGAUCAUGGUUUGGUUCAUACCAGAGACCCCAAAAUUCCUCAUGUCCAAAGGACAGGAUGAGAAGGCCAGAAAGGCUCUGCAAUGGCUGCGCGCAGCAGAUGCUGAUGUAGAUAAGGAAUUCCUUGAGAUGCAAAAGAUUCAGAAAGAUUCAGAUGACAACCACGAAAGUAUCUUGGUUUUGUUCUCAAGGAAUAAUCUGAAACUUCUUUCCAUAGUGCUAGGACUUAUGCUAUUCCAGCAGUUCAGUGGGAUUAACGCUGUGAUAUUCUACACCACAAAAAUUUUCAAAGAAUCUGGCUCGGAGCUCAAAGACAGUGUUUGUACAACCAUCGUGGGAGUAGUCAAUUUUGUGUCAACGUUCAUAGCGUCUCUUCUCAUAGAUAAAUUGGGUAGAAAGGUUCUACUUUACAUAUCCAGCUCUUCAAUGAUCCUCUCACUUGGAGUACUAGGGGCAUAUUUCUACAUGAAGAAUGUGACGAGUAUUGAUGUCCACCCAUUGUCCUGGCUACCACUCAUCAGUUUCAUGAUAUAUGUGCUAGGGUUUUCUCUUGGUUUUGGGCCGAUUCCCUGGCUGAUGAUGGGAGAAAUUUUACCUGCCAGGAUAAGAGGACCUGCAGCAUCCAUCUCAACAGCAUUCAACUGGACCUGUACUUUUAUAGUGACCAAAACAUUCUUGCUCAUAAUGGACAGCAUAGGAGCUCAUUAUACUUUCUGGAUGUACGGUAUCAUCGUUACAGGUGCCCUUGUAUUCUCCAUAGCUAUAGUUCCAGAAACUAGAGGCCAAAGUUUAGCAGAUAUAGAAAGGAAAUUAGCAGGUGUUCGAACCAGAAGGAUAAGCUCAAUCGCAAAUUUAAAACCAAUGCCAUCUACUUGUUAGGGCGAUGUUGACUGAAUUUAUUAGUUGGAAUAUCCAUGACCAUUUAUAGCCGAAGCAAUCUGGAUGCGAAGUAUUUUUCUUUGUUGAUAGUUGUUCAAGAGUAGGGAGAAACAUUAGAAAUUCAGAAGUUUAUCAGUGACAACAGUGCAUAUCGCGAAGCCACAGUUAUUAUGGUGUGAAGUAGUUUUUUAGCCGAUAGGCCUUUUAAAGAAAGGGAGAAAUAAAAGAACAUAUCAUGAAUGUAACUUUUCCAAUGGAAAUGAACUCCCGUUUCUCUAUUCAUAGGCGAUAUCGUCACUUUUGAAACUCUCUGGAUAGGUUACAAGAUUACAAUCAGAGUGUACUCUUAUUUUGUAUUUAUGUAUAUAGUGCUGUUGAUAGGUAGUUAUAUAGUUUUAUUUAUUACCCCAAAGAAUAUUUUUUUACAUCCAACAAUUUGUGAUUGAAAAAUGUAAUAAAAAUAU